CUUCUACCCGACAGGUCGUCUCUUUCAUUUUAGUUUAUAGCCAAUUUUUGUUUUAAAAUCCAGUCUUCCCACAAAACGUCAUGCCGUGUUUACAAACGACUGUUAGAUAGAACAAUCCCGCUGAAUAAAACCCCUGAUGGGUAGACUGCAAGCAUUCUAGUUAGGGUUUAAGGAUCGUUAAUUUGAUCAAUCGAUAGUUAGGGUUGAACGUUUAAAAAAGAAUAGUUAGGGUUUUAAGUUGUGAUUCAUUGGACACGUCAAUUUGAUAUUUAGAGUAUGUGGUACAGAACUAAGCUAAGCUCGAGAUGGAAUAUACGAAAAUUUUGUACGGCAGCACGACGGCGUAUCGACGACGAAGGUGACUGGUUCUACUCAUCAGAAUGGUGGGGUACGGACUCCUCCUCCUCCUCCUCUAAUGGGCAUACCGUUCUCCGUUCUACUUCUAAUAGAGGAAAUGGCGUCGUUUCUGUCGUCGCUUAUCCUUCUUCGAGACCUAGUAAGGUUGAUUGGCCAAAAGCUGAGAAGUGGUUUAGUCAAAGGUAUGCUGAGAUGCAUCCAGUUGAAGAACAUGAUGUAUUUAGGAUAGUUGGAUAUCAAUGGCGCACGCUUCGAUUUAAUGAUGAUACACGACAGAGCACUGCUAAAGUUAUGGCUGCUUACCAUCAAUCACUACCUAAUUCCAUUUUCCUAAUGCAGCAGUCGCAUUGUUUAGCUGUUCCAUAUUUAAAAAGUAUGAUAUCAGCUGGGUUCACUACCUUAGCAUCUUGUAACUAUGAUCUUGUGGGUGCUGUAUACGGGAACAAAACUAUGCGGGUUUUAUGCAUUGGUCAUGGAGGGGGAAGCUUACCCUUGUUUUUGGCUUCCAAAAUUCAAGGUGCUAUGAUUCACAUUGUUGAAAUUGACCCCCUUGUUAUAUCUGCUUCAGUACAAGCAAUGGGUUUUCCAGCUUUCUCAGUUAUGGCCUCACCUGAUCAGCGCGCCUUGUCAAAACCCAGUAUCAUGGAUGAAAUAAUGUGGAGAGGCAUCCAUGAGAGGCUUUACCUCUAUGAGUCAGAUGCUGAGAACUUUGUCCUCAACAGUAGCAAUUUAUAUGACAUGAUCUUUAUAGAUGCUUAUGAUGGCGAUGACAUCUUCCCGCGCAAACUAUGGGAUGCAGAUUCCCCAUUCCUAAAUGCACUCAAGGAUAGGCUGCAUCCAGAGCACGGCACUGUUGUGGUGAACCUUCAUGCAGAUUAUGAAGCCUUCAGUCCACAUCCGUCCGUUUCAUAUUUUAACCAACAACUUCUGCCAAUGAGUAAGCAUGUUCGCAAAGUCUGCCGUGCAUACAAGGACAUUUUGACAGGAGAUGGAAAUUCUUGUGGUGAGAAACAAGGUUCUGGAUUUGUGUUCACUGUUGCGGUUCCUUGGGUGUGUAACACAUCUAUGGUGGUUUGCAGAGGUUUAGGGAUGAGUAAUAGAUUUUCUAGUAGAGAUUCGAUAGCAAAUGCUGUCAUAUCUAAAUCUCUGGAGGUCGAAAAUAUUCUGAACCUACCAUUCUCAUGCUUCGAGUAUAUAAAGAGAGAUUUUACUCUCAUUGAUUAAUCUUUAUGCUUCAUAUGC